CGAACACAAAAAAUCCUGCACGCCCUGCAAAAAGUUCUGAGCUACUUAAGCGUACAUCGACACCGGCACGAUGAGCUGACAAGUUUCUUCGUUUAUUUAGCUGCGCACAUCUCUCGCCUGUGCUCCACAUUGGUCCCCGAGUUCGGCCGACAAAGAUCACAUAUACAAUGCGUGUGGUCUAAAGCUACACCGUCACCGCUUCCCACGACCCCAUAUUCGUGUGUGAAUUGUGAACCUUGAUGGAAAUUACCCAGGUUCCUUCUGGAGCUAUUGAUCAAAGAGUGCAAGAUGCGUAUCUCAUGGACGAGGUGACGUCGGCAGGAAAACUGCAAGAGCAAGGCCUCGAGGCGAUAAAAGAUAUUGUCUACGGUUCUACUGCCGGCAUAGUGGGCAAAUUCAUAGAGUAUCCAUUCGACACAGUCAAAGUUCGGCUACAGGCGCAGCCGGAUGGCUUACCUCUGAGGUAUUCGGGUCCACUAGACUGCUUCAAACAGUCUUUCCGUCAAGAUGGAUUUGCCGGCUUGUACAGAGGUAUUAGUGCCCCACUUGUUGGUGCUGCUGUAGAGACGAGUAGUCUAUUCUUCAGUUAUCGUCUUGCUCAAGAUGCUCUACAAGCCACAAUAUUGCCAAAGGUAGAACCUCUUCCUUUGUCCGCCCUAAUUGUUUGUGGAGCAGCCUCUGGUGCCUUCACUUCCAUUCUCCUCACACCUAUCGAACUUGUAAAAUGCAAGAUGCAGGUCCCGGUAGAUUCUGCAUCCGGCAUCACGAGAUUACCCAGCGCAAGCGUCAUUAUAUCCACUGUCUACCGACAUCACGGUAUCUUUGGCUUUUGGCACGGCCAGUUGGGUACUCUGAUCCGCGAGACUGGUGGUUCGGCAGCCUGGUUUGGGAGUUACGAAGGCGUUAAAGCAACUCUCCGAAAAUGGCGCGAACUAAGCCCAAGUGAUUCACUCCCUGUCCAGGAUCAGAUGUUGGCUGGUGCAGCAGCUGGAAUGAGCUACAAUUUCUUAUUCUACCCUGCUGAUACCAUCAAGAGUAGGAUGCAAACAGAAGAGGUCAAAGAGAUAGUGGCCGGGAAUGGAAAGAGGACGUUUUGGGCGGUGGGAACUACCUUAUGGAAGCAACAUGGUUUGAAAGGAUUGUAUAGAGGAUGUGGAAUUACGGUGGGGAGAGCAGCACCGAGCUCUGCGUUCAUUUUCACCAUAUACGAAGCACUGAGGAAAACAUUUGGAUAGCCAACGCUUGACGUCUUGCGACAUUGCGUAACAUAAGGCAGUUUGCCAUCAUCUAUAAUUAAAAAAAAUUCAUAGUUAGUGCUAUA